GUGCACGAACGUCAGUUCCCAUCCCCUCCCCCUAGCAACAGAGGCAAGAUGGCGGCGCCCAGUAACGCAGAUCAGUCUCCCGAAGUAACGAUACCAUUAAAGAUCCCCAAAACUGAAGUUCCAUCUCCAGAAUCGGAAGACUUGAGUGACGGCAAUCAAUACCAUUCCAACCCCUCCACGCCGAACAGAUUUUCCCCUCUCAAUGUUGGCAGCACGAUUUCGGGGGGUGCAGGCCGGAGUGGAUCGGCCUCUGCCUCAAACAGCUUCACCGCCUGCCGGGGUAUGUCCUGGACCCCUUCGGAAACAAAUGCCCUCAUCGCUGUAUGGGGGAAUGAACGGUUAACGGAGGCACGGAUGCAACAGCUUGAAGUUGCAGGGACUGUUUUCUCUGGCAAAGCACCAGGACCAGCAAUGUACGAACGGGUAUCAAGAGCUCUGUCAGAGCUCGGCUACGAAAGGACUCCCUCGCAAUGUAGAGAGAGGAUGAAGACGUUGCGUCGCUGCUACAGCCGGGUGAAGGAGCACGGCAUUGGGAAGAGGAAGAGUAGCUACUCCAUCGAGCAGCUGGAGAAAGUGUUUGGUCAGGGUGGCUGGGACUCCCAGACGUGCCAGCCGGUGCUCAUCAACAGCAGCGGCCUGUACCAGGAGAUGGAGUCGGAUGGCAGCACCAUGGAGGACUACUCUCAGGAAGACUGGUGCAACCAGGAGCUGUCCUCCGCCUUCCAGGAGGGAGAGGUGGAGGCAGAGGAAGUCCCAGUGCCAAAGACCAGAGUGUUACAGCCACGGCCAGAGCCUACGGUACAGAUGCAGCGUCAGGAGGUGAUGCAGAAUGUGGUGCGCAUCCUGGAGUCGGUGGACAUCAAGUGGGAGCAUUUCCAGACGUGGACGGACUUCUCACGGCUGCACCUGUCCAACAAGCUGGCCAUCUUCGGCGUGGGCUACAACACGCGCUGGCGCGAGGACAUCCGCUACCACUACGCCGAGAUCAGCUCGCAGGUGCCGCUGGGCAAACGCCUGCGUGAGUACUUCAACCCCGAGAAGGCCGAGGGCCGCGUCGUCAUGACCAAGGUGCAGAAGAUGAACUGGAAGAACGUCUACUACAAGUUCCUGGACAUCACCAUCAGUGAGGCUCGUUGCCUGGAGCUGCACAUGGAGGUGGACUGGAUCCCCAUUGCACAGUCCAGGGCGGCCGGCUGCAGCAAUGGCUCCCAGUACUUACUGCCAGGGGGCAUCCCCAAAACCUACGGACUCUACGCCAUCGGCUACGAGGAGGUCGUUGGCCAGCUGGCGUCUUCUGGCAUGGGAGACGGCAGUGACGGCAUGUCCCUGUCUCAGGAGAGUCGGGGGGCCACAGACGAGAUGAGUCAGUCUCAGUCGGAGGAGCCCGAGGAAAGGACCGAGUCCAAAAUCACGUACUGCUACCUCGGCAUUGCGGAGGAGAAGACCCUCCAGCAGUGCCUCUUUCAGCACUUUCAGACUGCCGGGAAGCACCACAGCAGGGGAGAACCCUCUGCCAUCAACCGCUUCCUACAGGCCAACUCCAGCGGCACCUCCAAGCCAGAGGGGUCGCCCAGCUCCGGCAUCUACAUCAAAUUCAUUGAGGUGGAGUUGGACUUUCUCUCUGCAGGCUCUUUGGUGGAAUGUUUGGAGAUAGCUGUCGGCUACCCCUUAAAGUAUAACAAAAAAGAGACAUUGUAACUUAAGAAACACAUUCUACGGGACACAUGAACGUUGUGUUUAAAGAGUGCCAUCUGGCCAUUGAGUGUUUUUUUUCCCUCAUAAUGCAGUAUAUAUAUAUAUAUAUAUAUAUAUAUAUAUAUAUACCACUCACAAACAUUCAACAAUUAAACUUCUAGUAACUGUUUAUUGUUUAAUGUUUGUGCUUGUUUUUAUUGUUACAUGCAUUUUUAUUUGUUACAUGCAUUUGUAAAGAAGCUUACGAAAGAAAAACACCCAGUGGUCAGAAAUGCCUUUAUAUAUACAUUUCAUUGGACCUAAAACUUUUGUGCAGUACUGUAGGUAUAUUUUUUUUCAACUGACUCAAGGAUGUACUUGACAAGGGCAAGAAGUAUGAAAUGUAAUUUCCACAGAGCUGGUGUCCUCUCUUUUUCCUUGUAUAUUUGUUUUAUUUUGGUUUAUUUAUUAUUUUCUUUUGUUUUCAUUUGUUUUUGUUCAUUUUAAUUGUGGCCUAUGCUGAUCGAACACUUUGCCUUUUUUCUGUUAGGGCUAAGCUACACCAGGCACGUAAUUGAAGCGUUCCGUUCGUGUUGCGAUUGCUGCAACAAUUAGCUUCCACUUUAAUCAAUGUAAGUAGCUACACCAGACGUGAUAGCGGCGUGUACGUUCGAAAAAAAAUAGAAUAUUCGUCUAAAAUGGAUUUUACACGUUGCGAAUGGAACGCUUCAGUUACGCGCCUGGUGUAGCUUCCCUGUUGCCUGUUCCCUGUUCCCUGUAGUGUGGCUAGAGGGAAACACAGUUUGCCUUUGUUUUCUUUUCCUUUAAGACAGAGAGAAACACCUAUUCACCACUGAAGACAUGGAGAGAGUAUAAAUUAAUAUACAUUAAAUAUAAAAAGGAAUUCUAUUGAAUAUAUAUUUAAGACUAUAUAUUAAUGUUGUUCAGUGUAAGCAUUCCAGCAUUUCCAAAACAUGACAUACAUUUUUUACAUUUGCGUUGUCAUGAAUAUUGAAGUGUGUGUGAGUGACAGAGAAUGUGAACAUGUGAGUGUAUGUUUGUUAGGUGUGUGUACGGUAUACACACAAAAAAUGUUUUGAUAUUUGUUAACAGACAGUGUCUUUGUGUAUUGUUCCCAGGUCACAGUCCUGUAUGUUUACAAUUUUUCUUUUUUUGGGGGGGUGAGGGUUGGGGAGGAUACUGGGCGGUCCUUAAAUAAAUGGGGCAGUGAAGGUUUAUCUGACAUGAUGACACGGGUUGCCCUUGAUAUAAGUAUUCUGAACGGGUACAACAAACUUGUCAGUAUUGUUUCAACAUGUCAAAUAAAUGUUCUUAUUUCUCACUA